CUCACACGGUUCUCAAAGCAGGGGCAAAUCGGCCGCCUGAGGCUUUGCAGCUGGGGGUGAGCUGAGGACAGAUGCUCUACUCAAGGAAAUCUUUGUUUUCACGGGACAGAGCCAUAGCUCUGGAGGCCAGGCUGGCCAGGUGCCCCGAAGGCCCAAUGCCUGACAGCUCAUGUGGCCUCCUUGUUUGCAGGGCCUGGGCAAAAAUUUAGACUGAGGCCCACUCUCCGCUCCAGGGUGCAGCGGGAAGAUGGGAUCCCGUGGAUGGGGACUCGUGCUGGCGUGUUGUCUGCUGCUGGCCUUUGCCUGUGGCCCGGUCUUGAGCCGUGUGCAUGUCCAACAGGAGCAGCAGGAACAGGAGGGCACCAGGGAGCAGCCACCCCCGCCGGACCAUGCCGAGAGGGCUGAAGAAAAACAUGAGAAAUACAGGCCCAGCCAGGGUGAGGAGCUCCCGGCUUCCCGGUGCUUUCGCUGCUGCGACCCCGGUGCCCCCGUGUACCAGGUGACCCCAGUGCCCCAGAUCAACAUCACGAUCUUGAAAGGUGAGAAGGGCGACCGCGGCGAUCGAGGCAUCCAAGGGAAAUACGGCAAGACGGGCUCCGCGGGCGCCAGGGGCCAUAUUGGACCCAAAGGGCAGAAAGGUUCCAUGGGGGCCCCGGGGGACCGGUGCAAGAACCACUACGCCGCCUUCUCGGUGGGCCGGAAGAAGCCCCUGCACAGCAACGACUACUACCAGACAGUGGUCUUCGACACGGAGUUUGUGAACCUCUACGGCCACUUCAACAUGUUCACUGGCAAGUUCUACUGCUACGUGCCCGGCAUCUACUUCUUCAGCCUCAACGUGCACACCUGGAACCAGAAGGAGACGUACCUGCACAUCAUGAGGAACGGGGAGGAGGUGGUGAUCCUGUACGCGCAGGUGAGCGACCGUAGCAUCAUGCAGAGCCAGAGCCUGAUGCUGGAGCUGCAGGAGCAGGACGAGGUGUGGGUGCGCCUCUUCAAGGGUGAGCGCGAGAACGCCAUUUUCAGCGACGAGUUCGACACCUACAUCACCUUCAGUGGCUACCUGGUCAAGCACGCCGCCGAGCCCUAGCUGGCUGGCCACUCCCUGCU